UUGGAUGAUGAUGAUGACGAAGAUGAUGGCGGCAAUGAUGAUGAUGACGACCAAAUGAAUGAGUCCUUCGUUGCUGAAAUGGCUCACCUAGAAAGUGACAAAGAGGAGAGUGGCGAUGAGGAAAUGGAUGAGGUGUCCCAUCGUGAAGCAUCUCCAAGCCACCUCAGGAGUGCGUCCUGGAAAUUGCAGCCGCAAGAGGAUAGGCCAUUUUCAUGUUCCGCUGUGCAGAUUUUCUCAGUGUUCAUAGGCCGAGCAAAGUUCAGACCUCUGCAAAUCUAUGGUUCUGUUAUACUAUCAUCCCACAUUGGGAAAUCUCAGCUUUUUAGCAGAGAAGCAAAGGAGGAUGCCUUUAAAUUGGAUGAGCAUGUGAAAACCAUACCUGUACUCGACGGCUGCCAGGCUUAUGAUGAGUGUGCCUCUGUGAAAGUGAAAUUCGACCUCAAGGAUACCGAGAGCAGCCUGCACAUCAAAGGCUACGUUAAUUGGGAUUUGAGAGGUGCGAAACAUUGGGUGUGGAGAGAACCUGAUUACGGGAGGAGAUGGUUUGACAGGCAGCUCUGUUCUUUCGUUCAAGGCACGAACGGGUUUGCUGCUAUUUAUUAUACACUGUUUGAAGAAGCCGUCCAAGCUGAUGUGGAGGUUCUCUGCAUGCCCAAGACGGGGAACGGGAAUGCUGCCGUUGUUUGCCCCAGGAUUUAUGGGACUCUCGUGGCUCGAUACAAUAAUUAUGACUAUAGGACCCGAUAUAACAAGGAAUACUAUCAGAUUGGUCUCUUUGAGAGGAGUCGAGAGGAUCCAGUGGAGGUGGGGCCUAGGGGUUUGGUAGCGCUCUCGAGGUGUAGGGUCGCUGUUCCAGUGAAGUCCUCGCUCGUUGUUGAAGCAAAUUUUAUUAGCGAUGGAAAUGAUGGUGUUCCUCAUCAAGUGUUGUGCUCUAGGGAGUUUCGGAUUCGAGCUCGUGAUGAUGAGGCAAUCUUGGAGG